CUGAAACAGACCCUCUCACCACAAAACCUCUGCAAUUUUCAUGGCGUCUGAAUAAAAAUGUCUGCUUCAACAGUCUUCACUUGAGUCAUCUAAUCUCCUCCUCCCAGGUUCUUAUUAUAACUAUCUCUUUAUCUAUUUCAAAAUAGUACUGCUAAUCAUGUAUUGUAACUUCAUGAAAUCUCAAGCAUUUCCAUUAGUUUUUAGGGUUUCAACAAAACCCAUAUGUCUUAAACCCUCAAUCAAUACUCACUCAAUCUUAAAUGGGUUUUUCUUAAACCCUAUUGAAACUAUGAAACCUAGAAAAUUCUCAUCUGGGUCUGUUAGUAGAACUAGAAAUUCCUCGGUAGUUAGAGUUAGGGGUUCGUCUUAUCAGAGAGAUUUUAAUGGUGAUAAUAGAGGUAGAAAUGGAGGCAAUAGAACUAAUAGAGUUAGCAAAUUGGAGAAAGCAGGUACUGAAGUGUCUACUCGUUCUUCUUGGGAAGAUGCUGCUGAUAAUUUUUUUGAUAAACAUGGUGGAAGAGAGUCAGUGGAGUUGAUUGCUAAGGCUAGAACUGGAGGUACUGGAGAAAAUCGUCGAGGAAGGAUUGUGAUUGAAAGGGAUGAGGAUAGGGUGGCUUCUGACGGAAAAGAUGAAAAAAUUGGUGGUGCUGAUUUUGGAGGGGAUAAGGGUAGAACUAGGUAUACAAGAGUGACAGAUAGAGAGGAUGGUUCUGAAAGACGCGAUUCUGGCAGAUGGAAUAGAGAGGAUGGUUCUGAAAGACGCGAUUCUGGUAGAUGGAAUAGAGAUAAUGGUUCUGAAAGACCUGCUGGCGGUAGAUGGAAUAGAGAGGGCGGUUCUGAAAUGCGUGAGUCGGGGAGAUGGAAUAGAGAGAAUGGUUCUGAAAGACCUGCGUCUGGUAGGUGUAAUAGAGAUAAUGAUUCUGCAAAAGCUGAAUUUGGUAGAGGGAAUAGGGAGAAUGGUUCUGAAAACCCCGAAUUUCGUAGGUGGAAUAAUGAAAGUUGGGGUAGAAAUGCAUGGAAGGAAGCUACUGAGUCGACCUUGCCGAAGAUGGUAGGUGAAGGGAUUUAUGGAGUUGGACCUGUUUUAGCUGCGUUGUCAGCUGGAAGAAGAGAGUUCUAUACUUUACAUGUCCAGGAAGGAUUGGAUUUGAGUAGCAAUAACAAGAAGAAGAAGGACAAGAAAGGGUUCGAGAAGGUUUUGAAGAUAGCCGAGAAAUUGGGAUUAACUGUUAUACAUACUCCGAAACAUGAUCUAAAUAUGAUUGUGGAUAAUCGGCCGCAUCAGGGAUUAGUACUAGAUGCUUCCCCAUUGGAGAUGGUAAGGGUACGGGAAUUGGAACCUGUAUCGGUUGAAGGAGAAAAGGCCCCUCUUUGGGUUGCUUUAGAUGAAGUUACAGACCCUCAAAAUUUGGGGGCCAUUAUUCGAUCUUCUUAUUUCUUUGGAGCUGAAGGCGUAGUACUGUGUGCAAAAAAUUCUGCUCCAUUAAGUGGUGUGGUGAGUAAAGCUAGUGCAGGAUCUCUAGAAUUAAUGGAGCUUAGAGAUUGCAAGAAUAUGAUGCAGUUCUUAGCAUCAUCUGCAGAUAAUGGUUGGCGGGUUCUUGGAGGAUCAGUUUCUUCAAGAGCUCUUCCUUUGAAUGAGGUUCCAGUGGGUGUUCCUACAAUUCUUGUAUUGGGAAGUGAAGGGACUGGGUUGAGGCCUUUGGUUGAGAGAUCUUGUACUGACUUGAUUAGAAUCCCUGGAAAUAUUCCUGAGGAUAUUUCUGCUGCGGAUGCUGAAGACGAAAACACUGAGCAGGUUGAUCGUGCCUCCUCGGGGGAGGAAUUUCGAUCUUUUCUGGCCGUGGAGAGCUUAAAUGUCAGUGUUGCUGCUGGUGUGCUUCUUCAUCAUUUGGUUGGAGUCAACAACAGCAACUCUUCAGUAGCUAACAGUGAAGUAAAUGUGCUUGAGUGAGAAUCGUUUUUCGAAUCUGUAGGUUUUUAUUCUAAUCUUGACAAUCACAUACGUCAUCUUUUCUUUAUUGUGCUUGCAAGUUUUUUGUCAACUUUCAAGAAUCAUGAGUUAGAGCCAAAUUAGUAGGAAUAGGAAUGAAAUUCAUCACAAAUGUUAGUAAUUGACUAAUUUCAGACCGUUGUUGCAGGCAUGUUCAAUGAUAGAGAUAUAAAAUUGAUUCUUGGCAUGUCUUA